AGCUGUCUAAUUUGUGGGAUGUAUUAAAAGUAUUCCGGUGCUUGCUAGCCAUUUUAGUUAAUAUAAUAUUUUUUUUGAAACACAAUAUGACUAGGGAUCUCUAUCAUCAAACUCCUCAGAAACUUGAAGUUGAUAGUGAAAUAAGUAGUGGUGAAGAAAUGCAGCCUCAAGAUAUAAUCAAAGAUUCUGAUAAAAUGGUUACCUUAUCACAGAUUAAACACCUCUCGAAGUGCAUCAAAACUAUAAAUGACUUUGAAAAAUAUUUUAAAAAAUUAACUUUUGCAUUACAAGCAAUUCUUAAUAUAGCUGAUGAGCAGAAUGAUAAACAUUCCCGAGAUGGAAAAAUAUUUAAUGCUAUAGUGCAAACUUGUCUUAUAGAUGUUGAACCAGCUCUUAAUAAUUUUUUUCAAAUCUCACCAAAUGCAAAACCAGAAAUAUGGUUAGAAACUCUUAAAACAAUUAAGUUUAAGAGGAAUAGAACUUGCUUUUAUCAGUAUUUGUCUAAUAUAAUUCAUUUAUCAAAUCAAUUAUCAUCGAAGGACUCAUUACUAGCAGUUUUAAAUCACAUUAAAAGUUUGCUGCCAAUCUUUUUAUACUUUUCAAAGUUAUUCAAGGAUUUUUUAAAUUUAAUCAUAAAGAGAUGGGCUACCGACAAUGAUGAAACUCUACGAAUAUUAUCAUUUUUAAUCAUUGCCAAUGUCAUAAAAAUUAUUGAAAUUAUUAAUAAUGAUACUAAUCAUGAUUUUAAUAAAGUGUUGGUAAAUAAUGGUCAAAAAAAAUCAAAGAUAAACUCAGGAAAUUUUUCAUACUUGAUAUUUAUAAAGAAAAUGUACAAGACCUAUGUUGCAAAUGUCAAAUUUACUAGCCAAGAAAAUUUACCCAUGAUACAUUUUAUGCAAAAAACAUUUAUAGAAAUACUAAAUUUGAAUUUAAAUGAAUCUUACAAAUUUGCCUUUAUUAAUAUUAGACAGCUUGGUGUACAAUUAAGAAAUGCUUUUAAUACAAAACAAAAUGAAAACAUACAAAUUGUAUACAAUUGGCAAUUUGUCCACAGUCUUGGGCUAUGGUGUGCAUUUGUUUCCCAGCACUCCAUGGCUACGAAAUUACUCAAUUCUAAAUCCACAACUUUUUCUAGUUACAACAAAUUGAUACCCACCUUGGUCAAUCCAUUAGUUCAAAUUACAAUUGGAACUAUCAAAUUAGUGCCAUCUGCUCGAUAUAUACCAUUAAGGUUAAGUAUGGUCAAUUGCUUAAUAUUAUUUUGUCAAGUUGGUAUUUAUGUUCCUAUUCUACCAUUUAUUACCGAGAUACUUAAUUUGCUCGACUUUAACAAGUCUCAACGUGUUACAUCAAAUAAAGUUGUUAAUUAUGACGUGCUUUUAAAAAUAUCAAAAAUUCAAAUGAGGGAGAAAGUUUACAAAGAUGAGAUUAUAAAUUCUAUCUAUGAUUUGUCAAUGGAUUACCUUGUAAAUUACUCGCAUUAUGUUACUUUUCCUGAAAUAACUCUUAUUGCUAUUAAUCAAUUCAAAUUAUUCCUGAGGAGUUGCAAAAUAUCAAUAUACCGUUCUUCGAUCAAACAACUUGUUAAUAAAAUUCAAGAAAAUUGCGCUUACAUUGAAAAAAAACGAGAGAAUUUAAAUUUAUCACUUUGUAAUCAAUUGGAAAAAAUAGAUAAUUUUGAAGAAAAAUUGAAAUUGGAUGAAACUCCUUUUAGUAAGUACUAUCAAAAGUGGAAAAGGUUGAGGACACUGGAGUUGAUCAAUGAUAUGACUCAAAGGAAUGAAAUAUCGGAAUAUGAUUACAUACCUUUGGCCGUUAAUGCACAUUCGGAAUUGUACGACACUUCUGACAACUCAGAAUCCGACCAAUCAAACGUUAAAAAUAAGAAAACGAAUUUUAAAGCUAAAAAUGUUAAAAGGAAUAAAAUUAGAAACGAUAAAAGACCAUUUACAUAUGACGACAAGCUAGAGGAAGACAACAUAUUUCACCUUAAACAAUAAAUCAUUUUCUUUAUUGUAUUGCGAAAUAUGAUCAAAUCUAUAUUGACGGUUUAAAUUAUGUUUUAAUUGAGGGCCUAUAAUAUCAAUAAAAUUUAGUUCUUAUCUGA